AUGGACAACAUCCGAGCACGUUUCAAGUUUGGGAGUAAGGCCGAAGAUGUGAAAUUAAGAAAACGAAAAUCUCAACUUUAUAACACAAAUGAUCCUGUAUGCCCUCUCAACUGUGCGCUGGGAUUCUGGUUGGCCCUGUUUGUUGUGACUUUUAGACUUGUCAACUGCUUCCUGGUUCAGACUAGCUUUGUCCCAGAUGAGUAUUGGCAGUCACUGGAGAUCUCGCAUCAUAUGGUCUUCAAUUAUGGGUACAUGACCUGGGAAUGGAAAGAAGGCAUCAGAGGAUAUUCCUAUCCUCUCCUGUUUGCAUUUGUUUACAAAAUAUUGUUUUAUAUUAAUUAUGACUCCGUCUAUUUGCUUAAAUGGCUGCCACGAAUCCUCCAAACCCUUUUGGCAGCUCUAGCAGAUAUCAAAUAUUUUUUUGUUAUUGGAAAUUUGGAAAGCAAAGAUACUGCUAAAUGGACGUUCAUUUGCCACCUCUCUUCCUGGUUUACGUGGUAUUGUUGCACCAGGACCUUGACCAACAGCAUGGAGACAACACUCUCCACUUUAGCCUUGUGUUACUUUCCUCUUCCAGGAUCCACAUCUCAGAGCAGCUGGAAAUAUCUUACCCUGGUUGCCUUGGCUGUACUUGUGCGUCCAACUGCGUUGAUUGUCUGGUUCCCUUUGCUGCUCUACCAUUUCUUCCAAGAAGAAAACAAACUCAAACUUGUUAUCCAGCGCUACGCACUCGUAGGAGCCGUGGCAUUUCUGAUCUCUACCAUGAUUGACUGCCUAUUCUACGGCAAGUGGACGUUUGUACAGUUCAAUUUUAUAAAGAUGAACAUCUUCCAUGGCGUCGCAGACUUCUAUGGCUCCCAUCCCUGGCAUUGGUACUUCACUCAGGGCUUCCCUGCGGUGAUAGGGCCACAUCUUCCCCUGUUUCUUCAUGGUUCCACAGUUGCCUUCAGACGCUACAAGAUCCUCCUGGCCACCAUUACCUGGACGCUAAUAGUCUACAGCCUUCUACCUCACAAGGAAUUCAGGUUCAUCUACCCUGUCCUGCCGUUAUGUAUGAUCUUUUGCGGUAUUUCAUUGGCGGGUUUGAAAGUAUGGCAGCGCACUGUGGCUGUGUUCCUGGUGGUGUCCAACUUGUUGCCAGCGCUGUACACUGGUUUAAUCCACCAGAGAGGAACCCUUGAUGUCAUGGGACACUUACAGAGUCUUUGUGAUCUCCAUGAAAACAAUUUGCAACCAAAUGUUCUCUUCCUUAUGCCCUGCCACUCCACACCAUAUUACAGUCACCUACACUGUCCGAUAAAUAUGAGAUUUCUUGAAUGCCCCCCAAACCUUGGAGAUGGAUAUGUAGAUGAGUCUGCCAUAUUUUAUGACAACCCUCUUCAGUGGCUGAGGGCUUCUUUUCCAUACAAGUCUUCACUGCCCAGCCAUAUAAUUAUGUUUGAUGUCUUAGAAAAGGAUAUAGUUACAUUUUUACAUGGAAAUAACUUUUUGAAGACAGCUGAAGUCUUUCACACACAUUUUGCUGAAGGAAGAGUCGGAAGAAGCAUCUUUAUUUAUGAAAGGCACUGA